AUGAGUCGACAAAUGCUGCAGGUGGUGUCCGUGGUCCCAGAUGCCCUUCCCUUGAACGAUUCAGCGUACAUCAUCACCUUUUCGGUGCCGCCGCAGAACGGCCUGGCCUGUCGCUUGUUUCCAGAUGGCCAGCAGGUCUUUGCAUCCAAGUUGACCAACGACAGCAUUUCUUGUCCUGUGGCCAUCGGAGCCCCUGGCUCCUAUGCCCUGCAAAUCGCGGAGGCACCAGAUUUCAACUUCCUCACUUUGCCCCUGAUGAUUGAG